CUUCGGCCGCGGCGCGUCCGUGCUAUCGCUCGCCUUCGUUCUCUUCGUCACUGCCGUCAAGGACGCCUACGAGGACUUCCGCCGCCACCGUUCCGACCGCCAGGAGAACAACCGCCUCGCCUCCGUGCUCGCGACGGGCACCGCGGGCGAUUUCCAGCCGAAGAGAUGGUAGCACAUACGCGUCGGGGACGUGGUACGCGUGGCGUCCAAUGAGACGCUCCCUGCCGACAUGGUGCUGCUCGCCACCAGCGACCCCACUGGCGUCGCCCAUGUCCAGACAGUGAAUCUCGACGGGGAGACCAACCUCAAGACGAGGUAUGCCAAGCAGGAGACGCAGGUGAGGUUCUCCCAGAAUGGUGGUGUAGGUGGCAUCCUGCACUGCGAGCGACCAAACAGGAACAUCUACGGAUUUCAGGCGAAUUUGGAUAUUGAUGGGAAGCGUGUAUCACUCAGACCAUCCAACAUUGUGCUUCGUGGUUGUGAACUCAAGAACACCACGUGGGCAAUAGGGGUUGUGGUAUAUGCUGGGAAGGAGACCAAGGUCAUGCUAAAUAGCUCAGGUGCGCCAUCAAAGCGGAGUCGCUUGGAAACACAGUUAAAUCGAGAGACUGUCAUAUUGUCCAUUAUGCUUAUUGGGAUGUGCACAACUGCAUCUGUUCUCGCUGGGAUUUGGCUGCUGAAUCACAAGGGGGGCCUGGAGUUCACCCAAUUCUUCAGGGAGAAGGAUUACACUACUGGGAAAAACUACAAUUACUAUGGUGUUGGGAUGCAGAUAUUCAUUACAUUCCUCAUGGCAGUAAUAGUGUAUCAGGUCAUCAUUCCAAUCUCAUUGUAUAUAUCAAUGGAGUUGGUGCGGCUUGGACAGGCAUAUUUCAUGGGUGCUGAUAAAGACCUAUAUGACGAAUCAUCCAGGUCAAAGUUCCAGUGCAGGGCUUUUAAUAUAAAUGAGGAUUUAGGGCAGAUAAGGUAUGUAUUCUCUGACAAGACAGGAACACUGACAGAGAACAAGAUGGUGUUCCAGUGUGCAUCGGUUCGCGGGGUUGAUUACGGCUCUGGUAAAGAUACAGAUGGAUACUCAGUUGUAGUCGGUGAUCAGCUGUGGACACCAAAGAUGGCAGUUAAAACUGACCCUCAGCUUGUGAAGCUACUGAGGGAUAGUGGUAAAUAUGAGGAAGCAAAGCUUGUUCUUGAAUUCUUCCUUGCUCUUGCUGCCUGUAAUACCAUCGUGCCACUUGUGCUUGACACUAGAGAUUAUACACAAAAGUUGAUUGACUAUCAGGGUGAGUCCCCUGAUGAGCAGGCACUAGCAUAUGCAGCAGCAUCUUAUGGCAUUGUUCUUGUUGAGCGAACAUCUGGUUACAUAUUGAUCGAUGUCCUUGGUGACAGGCAGAGAUUUGAUAUACUAGGACUUCAUGAGUUUGAUAGUGAUCGUAAGAGAAUGUCUGUCAUAGUUGGCUGCCCAGAUAGGACUAUCAAGCUGUAUGUGAAAGGUGCGGACAGUUCAAUAUUUGGAAUUACUAACAAAUCAUCAGAUUUGGACAUUGUUCGUGCUACAGAGGCACAUCUCCACAAGUAUUCAUCACUUGGCCUAAGAACUCUUGUUGUUGGUAUGCGUGAAUUGAGUCAACCUGAGUUUGAGGACUGGCAAUUAGCUUAUGAGAAUGCCAGCACAGCAGUACUUGGAAGAGGAAGCUUACUCCGAUCUGUUGCUGCGAACAUAGAGUGCAAUAUCCACAUAUUGGGGGCCACUGGGAUUGAAGAUAAGCUUCAAGUUGGAGUUCCGGAAGCAAUAGAAUCUCUUCGGCAAGCAGACAUAAAGGUUUGGAUCUUAACAGGAGAUAAGCAGGAGACAGCAAUUUCUAUUGGCUAUUCCUGUAAGCUGCUGACUAAUGACAUGACGCAAAUUGUUAUAAAUAACAAUUCAAAGGAGUCGUGUCAGAGAAGUCUUUUGGAAGCGCUUGCCACAACUAAGAAGCUCAGAGCUGCUUCAUCAAUCGGUACACUGAGUCCAAUGUUAGCAUCAGAAGCUUCCAACAUAAAUAUUGCUUUGAUUGUAGAUGGUAACAGCCUUGUUUACAUUCUAGAGACAGAGUUGCAAGAAGAGCUUUUCAAAGUAGCGACUGAAUGCAGUGUUGUCAUAUGUUGUCGAGUGGCCCCAUUACAAAAGGCAGGGAUACUCGCUCUUAUCAAGAACAGGACAGAUGAUAUGACCUUAGCAAUUGGUGAUGGUGCAAAUGAUGUUUCAAUGAUUCAAAUGGCUGAUGUUGGGGUUGGCAUCGGUGGCCAAGAAGGACGACAAGCUGUUAUGGCAUCAGAUUUCGCUAUGGGACAAUUUAGAUUCUUGGUUCCACUUCUAUUAGUUCACGGUCACUGGAAUUAUCAGAGGAUGUCCUACAUGAUCCUUUAUAACUUUUACAAGAAUGCUACAUUUGUCUUGGUUCUUUUCUGGUAUGUACUUUAUACGGCAUUCACUCUGACAACUGCUAUCACUGAAUGGAGUAGUCUUCUGUAUACUGUGCUAUAUACAUCCCUUCCAACAAUUGCUGUCGGAAUUCUUGACAAGGAUCUUAGUAAGUCAACCCUGCUGGUUUAUCCGAAGCUAUAUGGAUCUGGCCAGAGGGAUGAGAAGUAUAAUGUGAAUUUGUUUGUGCUCAAUAUGCUUGAAGCGCUCUGGCAGAGUUUGGUUGUUUUCUACUUGCCGUAUUUUGCUUAUAGACGAAGCACAAUAGAUAUGUCUAGUCUGGGAGAUCUGUGGGCACUUGCACCUGUGAUUGUUGUAAAUAUGCAAUUGGCCAUGGACAUCUUUAGGUGGAAUUGGAUAAUACAUGCGUUUGUGUGGGGAACUAUUGCAGCAACCACCAUUUGCCUCUUUGUCAUAGACUCCAUAUGGAUUCUUCCAGGUUAUGGGUGAGUACUUCCUCUUUAGCCUCUUAUUACUGACGACUAUUGCAUUAUCAGUUUGUAUUCCCUGUAAUAGUUAUGCUAUUGUCUUUAAAUA